AUGGUGUGCCGCAUCAUCCAACUACCUGUGGGCCUUGAGGUAAAGCCUGUGCCAACGUUCGUCCCCAAGGGGGAAUCCCCUUCGAGGCCGCAGCAAGCUUCAAUUGCCGCUUCAAUUGGGAACGUCGUCGGUCGUGUAAUCCAUCCGGUGGUGGCCCUUCUGAACAGCCCCUCGGGCUGGUUUGACCACACAACCCCUGGUGCCCACAGCCACAUCGCCCAUCACCACCGCCCGCACAAUUUCACGGUCCUCAACCACACCGACCAUCACGGCCAGAGUCACAACACUCGUCCGCACCGUAACCGGUUCAAUUUUACCGCACCACCCAACGUUGGCGACGUACGAAAUCAGCUCGCAGGCCACGGUGACGUCAACCGCCACCAGGUAUGUCCUUUCUCAGUACAGACAUCUCCUCCUGCCAUCGUAACUGAGGCCACUACAACGCCCAGUCCUACACCAGCUAAUCCAACGACCACUGUAAGAGUGCCUAUCCUGAAGAGCAGCCUCUGCGGCCAAGACCCUGCUCCACAUGUCCCAGCUCUGCGCGCAUACCCUUUCACUGUCCAAGAUGCAGCUGCUACUUCGACAGAUGGCUCCACAGCCAUUCCUAAAGAGCCUACCUCGGAAAUGUACCAGGAAAUCACCACUGCCGGUAAUACUGCCCUACCUACUACUCUGACGAACGUACCACUUCCUUUCCCCGAAGACCGGACGGAAGGAACUGGUCCAACUUCGGCUGCCGCCAUGCUGCUUGCCGAAUCCAACACUCAAUAUACACCCGUACCAGUCGGCAAUGAGAAGGUGGCAACUACUUAUUCGCCGACUUCGGAUACGGUAUCCUCGCAGUCUCCCGUUCCGUCCACGACUUCAGUGGUCCCUACAACCGUACGGAGCCCAACAUCGUUGAAUACGACGCACACGGCUCUUCCCGCUACUAGAGGUGUACCAACUCCGCCGUCUGCAGUGGAAAGCACGUCUGUUGUACCUGAGGACGCGCCUGACGCUGCAUCCUCCGGCACGGUGUCCUUCACGACGACCUCGCAUCGUUUCGUUUGA